UUAAAAAAAAAUUAGUCAUGGCUGAUUCACAGAUGGGUAAGGACGUGUCAAUCGUAUUGGAAGACGGUUAUUCCGAUUCGAAAGAACAUGUUUAUCUCGAAGAAACAUUUUAUAUUCUAUCUAAAAAGAAUUCUGUGUUCCGUGUUAGGCUUACAUCCAAAGGAUUGUCCUUAACAAAGGAGUCUGAAGGUUGUAAAAAAGAACAAACGAUACUGUUGCGCGAUAUCAUAGGCAGCAAAUGCAUGAGAAGCAAACGUCGCCGCCCCGGAGCCAGUUCCUGUGUGUGCAGCUCAUUAGUUGGCUCCCAACAGCUGAAAGUGGUCGAUGAAAACAGCGGGGACUUGGACGAGAACGAUAUCAGCGCUUAUCUCUACAUUUAUGCUUACAUCCUGAAACAGAGUCGUCGUACGUUGAAAAGGGAGAGGACGACCAUAACACUGCGGUUCAGGUCUUUCGAUAAGUAUGAAGACAAUAAUAGAGAGGCUCAAAAAUGGAGAACGACUUUGAAGUGUUUGAUAGCGGGUUUGUCGAUCACGAGCGUGCCGCCGCCGAACGAUAAGAAGUUGUUGAUACUGUUGAACCCUAAAUCGGGGUCUGGGAAAGCUCGGGAGUUGUUCCAGACGAAGGUGGCUCCGUUGCUGCAGGAGGCCGAAGUGCCUUACGACUUGCACGUGACGAAGUAUGCCCAGUACGCGCGGGAGUUUGUGCGUACGAGGAAUGUGUACUCCUGGCGCGGUGUGGUAGCGGUAGGAGGCGACGGCGUCCUGUUUGAAGUUCUCAAUGGCAUGUUCGAGCGGCUGGACUGGCAGCAGGCGCUGGCUGAGGUGCCCCUGGCCAUCCUGCCUUGUGGGUCAGGGAACGGACUCUCAAGAUCAAUCUGCCAUUUGUACAAUGAACCAUACAUUCCACAAAACCUGACGGGGCAGGCGAUGGCGUUGGCGCGAGGCAAAGUGGCGCCAAUGGACGUCGUCAGAAUCGAAACCAAAACAAAAGUGAGUAUUGAUUUGAGAAAGUAUUGGACAUAAACAGUUGACUGCCGU